AUGGUAAUGACGAAAUAUGGCCUGGAGGGCAAGCUCCAUGAGGAGCAUCGAUUGAUCAAGGAUGGCGUAUUGAGAGAAGACAAUCCUCUCGAUCAGAGCAAUGAGUUUAAAGAAUUUCUUCUCGCUUGCCGUCAUGGCGACCUCCGGAAAUGCCAAGAGCUCAUUAAUGAGGGUGUCAACAUCAACGGUAAAGAUAAAUUCGAUUAUACGCCUUUGAUCAUUGCCAGCCUGUGUGGCCAUUAUGAACUGGUCCAAUUGCUGCUAGAAGCUGGAGCCCUCGCAGAAAGAAACACCUUUCAAGGAGAACGUUGUAUAUAUAACGCCUUGAACGACCGCAUACGAAACUUGCUUCUCCAAUAUGACUUUUCCAAGUCGUCUGAUCCUUUUGUAUAUUGGUCCUCGCAUAUUACGGCCCUGAUGGACAUGCAGUCACCCAACACCUCCGACAUCACUCUGACCUCUGACAACCGCUCGUUUGAGCUGCACAAGUUUCUGCUCUCUGCACGGUCACCAUAUUUUCACAAAAAGUUUGAGGCUCAGCCAGAAACCGAGACGUGGAAGCUCGCGACCGCGAUUCCAGAUGAGUCAUUCGAGGUUGUCCUUCGAUAUAUUUACCUAGGCGAUGUGCCGAAGGACCUCUCCUCAUCCAGACAGGGCGUGUCUGACGAGGCCAUCCUGACAGGCAUUGACAAGAUUAGCAAGCAGCUGGAGAUUGACCACCUGUGGGAGGCCAUCCUCGAGGGCAACGACCGUCGCCUCGCGCGCCAGCGCUACCAGGACGAAGUCGGCCGCGCUCUGCAGCAGGUGGGCGACUUCUUCCAGACCAGCAUCAUCGGCCACAAGAUGGUCGUCGACACGGACCGCGUCGACGAGGUCACCUGGAAACACGGCAACUCCAUCUUUGCCGACAUUCUGCUGCGCGCUGACGAACCCGAAGACGAGGAAGAAGACGAGGCGCCCUCAACGCCUUCCACCCCAAGCACGCCCAGCAUCCCCAUCGGUCCCGCCGGUCUCGCCGCGUCGACGGCAGGACGCCGCCGCCGCGCCCGCAAGUCGGUGCUCUACCCCGUGCACAAGGCCAUGCUUAUCCGCAGCGACUACUUCCUGCGCAUGUUCUCCGGCGACUUCCUCGAGGCGCGCCACGGCGAGCGGCUGCGCGUCGUGACGGUCGACUGCAGCCCGCCCGUGCUCGAGCUCGUCCUCGCGUUCCUGUACACGGAGACGGCCGCGUGCCCGCUCGAGCACGCGCUCGAGCUGCUCUACGCCGCCGACAUGCUCUUCCUCGACACCCUCAAGGCCAAGGCGGCCGUCGCCAUCAGCACCCUCGGCAGCGGCCGCAGCAAUGCCCUCGUCGACCGCACCCACGACGGUGUCGGCAAGUCUUCCCCUGUGACCAAGCAGCAGCAACAGCGCAACGGACCGUCGCCACCAUCAUCUUCUUCUCUCGGCCCGGAUACACCCGCUGAAGACGUCGAGCCCAUCAACAUCUACGACGUCAUCCACGCCGCGUGGGACCUGCGCGUGCAGCGCCUCGAGGAGUUUGCGGCGCGCUACCUCGCCCACCGCCUCGAGGACUACGUCGACGACCCCGAGUUCCAGGAGCUCAUCCGCGAGAGCGCCGAGCGUCUGCAGAAGCGCGAGGCCACCGACUCGAUCGAGCUGCUCGACGACAUCCGCUACUACCUCUCGGAGCGCUUCCGCCUGCGCUUCGAGGAUGCCGGCCUCGAAGACAUACUCGAAGACGACGGGGAGAUUUCGGCCGAGGCCGCCGCGGCCAUGAUUGACGGGAGCGCUGCUGCUCCCAACGGCGACACUGCUGCUGCUGCCGAUUCGAGUGGUGGUGCGGCGGCUGCGAACGGGGUGGGGGUGCGCACGCUGGACGGAGAGGCGGCCGAGGACGAGUUCGUGUCCGACGCCAUCAACUACCAGGUCCUGCUGGGCAAGAUUGACAGCAUGCUGGACCGGCUGCAACUAGAUGCCUAA